AUGGGUAGCCAGGAAGCAGGGACCCAGGAGACUUUGCAAACCCCAGUUCUAGAGAAUGGCAGACCAGAAGUUCCCAGUGAUGAGUCAAGCAGAUUUACCAAAGAUCAGCUCUUCACAAUGGCCGCAACAGCUUGUUUAAACUUCAGUUCAAUGAUUUGCUAUUCGAUCCUGGGGCCCUUUUUUCCAAGAGAGGCAGAGAAAAAGGGUGCCAGUGAUACAGUUGUUGGACUGAUUUUUGGAUGCUUUGCCUUAUCUAAUUUCUUGACUUCUUUAAUAUUAGGAAAUUAUCUUGUACAAAUUGGAGCCAAAUUCAUGUUUGUGGCUGGGAUGUUUGUCUCAGGAUGUGUUACAAUUCUGUUUGGUAUGUUGGAUAGAGCACCUGAUGGACCAAUAUUCAUUGGUUUAUGUUUUCUGGUUAGAGCGAUGGAUGCCAUAGGCUUUGCUGCAGCAGUGACAGCUUCGUUUUCUAUUCUUGCAAAGGCUUUUCCCAAUAAUAUAGCUACAGUAAUGGGUAGUCUUGAAACAUUUACAGGGCUUGGACUGGUGCUGGGCCCACCUAUAGGUGGCUUUUUGUUCCAGUCCUUUGGCUAUGAAGUCCCUUUCAUAGUACUAGGAUGCAUAGUGCUGAUCCUGGUGCCUCUGAACAUGUACCUCUUACCAAAAUACGAUGCAAUCGCUACCAAGGAAUCCUUCUGGAUGCUCGUUACUCUGCCAAAAGUUGUAUUUCUCUGUUUUACUAGAUUUUCACUAAGUGCAUGUUUAGGCUUUCUGGAUCCCACUAUGUCACUGUUUGUUUCAGAGAAGUUCAAAUUACCAGCUGGUUAUGUGGGUUUAGUAUUUCUAGCUUUGGCACUCUCCUACUCCCUGUCUUCACCAUUACUUGGGCUUCUAAGUGAUAAAAUGCCACGUCUAAGGAAAUGGUUGUUGGUCUUUGGAGGCUUACUGACAGCACUGUCGUUUUUCCUGUUAGGACCUGCUCCCAUCUUGCACAUUGAAAGCAAACUCUGGAUGUUUGUCCUAAUGCUGGUUUUAUAUGGCUUUUCUUUUGGGAUGUCUUGUAUUCCACUGUUUCCUGAGAUGCUAAGUUGUGCUUAUGAGAAUGGAUUCGAGCAGGGGUUAAGUGCAUUAGGACUGGUGUCUGGGCUCUGUGGUGCAAUGUGGUCACUUGGAGGUUUUGUAGGACCAACAUUAGGUGGAUUCCUAAAUGAGAGGCUGGGGUUUGAAUGGGCUGCCACCAUACAAGGAGGAUGGGCGUUAUUAAGUGGACUAGCUAUUGGAAUAUUCUAUAUCCUAGAGGCCUCACGAAGAAGAUCCAGCCUGCAGACUCCUCCAGGCACAAAUGAAGAAAGAAUUCACCUUUUGGCUAGGAAGAUGAUGGUUAAAAAUAUCAAACUGAUAAUACAAGAUGGUCAAAGGGAAUUUUGA